AUGCCCAACACCGCGACCCCAGAAGCCUGGCGCACCAAGACCAUCGAAUGGAUCCGCUCCUCCACCCCCGAGCAACGCAAACAAUGGAUCGAGCAAGCAGGGUUCAACCUCUUCGCCCUCACCAGCGACCAGGUAUUUAUCGACCUCCUCACCGACAGCGGCACAGGGGCAAUGAGCCACCGCCAAUGGGGGGCAAUCAUGACCGGCGACGAGUCCUACGCCGGCUCGGCCUCCUUCCACCGCCUCCAGCGCACCGUCCAAGACCUCUUCGGCCUGGAGCACAUCCUCCCGGUACACCAGGGCCGCGCCGCGGAGAACGCACUGUUCUCAGUCCUCGUACACGAGGGCCAGGUCGUCCCGGCCAACGCCCACUUCGACACCACGCGCGCGCACAUCGAGUUCCGCAAGGCCACCGCCGUCGACUGUCUGCCCGACGGCGCGUACGAUGUGACGGACAGCAACAACCCAUUCAAGGGCAACAUAGAUCUAAACAAGCUGCGCGAUCUCCUCGAAUCCCGCCACCCGGACAUCCCCUUCAUCGUGAUGACCAUCACCUGCAACACGAACGGCGGGCAGCCCGUCAGCCUGGCCAACCUGACCGCCGUGAAAGAGCUCGCGGACCGCUACGGCAAGCCCCUCGUCAUCGACGCGGCCCGCUUCGCCGAGAACGCGUGGUUCAUCCAGCAGCGCGAGCCCCCGUACCAAAACAUGUCGAUUCGGGAGAUCACCCGCCGGGUCUUCGCGCUGGCGGACGCGAUGCUCAUGAGCGCCAAGAAGGACGGGCUGGUCAACAUCGGCGGGUUCCUGGCCACCCGGCGCCGUGAGUGGUGCGACCGGGCGCUGGAGUAUGUGAUCCUGUUCGAGGGGUUCCGGACGUACGGGGGUCUCGCGGGGAGGGAUCUGGGCGCGUUGGCGGUGGGGUUGGAGGAGGUGACCUCCGAAGAGUAUCUGCGCUCGCGCAUCGGGCAGGUCCAGCGGUUCGGGCGGCGGCUGGUCGAGGCGGGGAUUCCGAUCCAGUUGCCGGUGGGCGGGCAUGCGAUUCUCAUUGAUGCGGGCAGGUUCCUGCCGCAGGUGCCGCGCGAGGAGUAUGUGGCGCAGAUGCUGGCGGUGGAGCUGUAUGUCGAAGGUGGCGUGCGCGGGGUGGAGAUCGGGACGUUGCUGCAGGGCCGGGACCCGGAGACGGGCGAGGAGCGCUUCGCGGAGACGGAGUGGGUGCGCUUGGCGGUGCCCAGGAGGGUGUAUAGCGAUGCGCAGCUGGAGUAUGUGGCGCAGGCGUUGGUGGAGGUGUAUCAUCGCAGGUCGCAGAUCACGCGCGGGUUGCGGAUUGUGGAGGAGAAGCCGGUGUUGAGGCAUUUUACGGUCCGGUUGGAGCGGAGGGAGUAG